CUCACCCUCGUUUACCAAAAAGAAAAAGAAAAGAGAAAACAAAAGAUUCGUCCUUCUUCUUCAGCUGCUCUGGUAGCAUCUCCCACCUCCUCUUCUUCAUCAACUCUUAAGACCAACGCCCAUUCAGAUCCUUGAAAAUUUAAGCAUGGUGGAGAGGAACUAUAGUUAUCAACUUAAGGUUGUGAGUGAGCAAAAUUUGAUUUGUCAAAUCGUCCAUUUCACAUUGUCUUUUUGAAGAAACUAGUUGGGACUUUCAUCCAACGUUUUUCGGCAUUUUACAAUACACAACUCUGGUGUGUGCGAGAUAGACUAUUAAAUAUCUGCAAUGCGCACCGAGCAGCAGAAUGCUUCUUCGUCCUCUUACCGGUGCACAUAUGAUGCAUUCUUGAGUUUCAGAGGCACAGAUACACGCAAGGGCUUUACAGAUCACCUCUACAGUGCUUUGGAGUGGGCAGGAAUCCACACUUUUAGGGACGAUAAUGAAAUUGAGAGAGGAGAAAACAUUGAACAGGAGCUACGGACAGCAAUACAAGAGUCACGAGUAUCAAUCAUUGUUUUCUCCAAGGACUACGCCUCUUCCAGGUGGUGCCUGAAUGAACUUGCUAUCAUCAUGGAACGUAAAAGAACAGAUGGACACAUGGUUAUCCCAGUUUUCUAUGAUGUGGAACCAUCAGAUGUCAGGAAGCAGAUGGGCAGUUUUGCAGAAUCGUUUACUAAACAUGAAGAGCGCUUCAAGGACAAGGUGGAGGAGUGGAAGCGAGCUCUUAGAGAUGUUGCAGACUUGGGAGGGAUGGUUUAUGGAGAACAGUACGAGUCGCAGUUUAUCCAAGAUAUUGUUGAAGAGAUUGGAAAUAAGCUGGACUACAUGACGAAUAGGAGAUUAAGAGUUGAGCCCAAUGUGAUUGGAAGAGAUUAUCAUGUGAAAAGACUAAACAUGUGGCUGGAAGAUGGAUCAAAUGAUGUUGGAGUAUCUGUCAUCUAUGGAAUGGGUGGAAUAGGCAAGACCACCAUUGCUAAAACUGUUUAUAACCAGAACUCCUAUAAAUUUCAAGCUAGCAGCUUUCUUUCAGAUAUUUGGGAAACUUCCAAACAAGCCAAUGGUUUUGUUCACUUGCAAAGGAAGCUUCUUUCAGAUAUCCAAAAGGGGAAAAUGGAAAAAAUAUACAGCCUUGAUGAAGGUAUCAAACGGGCUGUACAUUGCAAAAGAGUUCUUAUUGUUCUUGAUGAUGUAGAGAACUCGGAACAGUUCAAUGCAAUUCUUGGAAUGCAAGACUGGUUCCAUCCUGGAAGUAAAAUUAUCAUAACAACUAGACAUGAACAUUUGUUAAAGGCUCAUGAAGUUUGUGUAAGGUUUAAGGUUGAAGGAUUACAUGCGCAUCAAUCUCUUAUGCUUUUCAGUUGGCAUGCCUUCGGACAACCCCAUCCUCAGGAAGGUUACAUGGAGCAUUCAAGAACCUUAGUAAAACAUUGUGGAGGGGUUCCAUUAGCUCUUCAAGUUCUGGGAUCUUCUCUAUUUGAAAAAACAGCAAAUGUAUGGGAAAAUGCAGUACGCAACUUAGAUGUUUUAGACGUGAUUACUGAGGGAAAAAUUAAAAAGAUUCUUUGCAAAAGUUUUGAAUCUUUACAAGAUCAUGAUAGACGUUUAUUCCUCCAUAUAGCCUGUUUCUUCGUAGGAAAGGAUAAGGAUUUCGCAACUACAAUCCUUGACAAAUGUGAUUUUGUAACAGAGGUUGGACUUCAACAUCUAGUUGAUAGAUGCCUUGUGGAAAUUGAUGCCCACAGCAAGUUAACCAUGCAUCAAUUGCUUCAAGACAUGGGAAGGGCAAUAAUUCGUGACAAAUCACCUGAGGAUCCUGGAGAACGCACUAUAUUGUGGGAUAAAGAUGCAAUUAACGUUUUGAGAAAAUUAACUCAGGGUACGAGAACUAUCAAGGGCCUCAUGCUCAACUUUCCCUCAAUAGAGUCAUCUCCGGUAUUAAAUGAGGUAGGUUUCGAGACAAAGGCAUUUACAGAGAUGCUCAAUCUUGAACUACUUCUGCUUGAUAAUGUAAAGUUAAGUGGAAGCUAUGAAGAUUUUCCAAAAAAUUUAAUAUGGCUGUCUUGGCGAGGAUUCUCUUUAAAAUCAAUACCAGCCAAUUUUUGUAUGGAAAAUCUAGUUGUUCUUGACUUACGGAAGAGCAGUCUGCAACAUGUUUGGAACGGAACCAAGCUUCUUACAAGAUUGAAAAUUCUUAAUCUCAGUCAUUCACAUGGCCUUAGGACAACAUCUGACUUGUCUGGACUCCUUAACCUUGAGAAACUAAUUCUUAAGGACUGCAUUAAUUUGGUUGAUGUUGAUGAAUCCAUUGGAAACUUGGGGAAACUUGUUUUCUUGAAUCUAAAAGGCUGCAAAAGUCUUGUGAAGCUUCCAAAAAGCAUGAACAUGAUGAGGUCUCUUGAGAAACUUAUUCUUACUGGUUGCUCAAAGCUUGUGCUUCAUGACAGUGCCAUGGUUAUUUACAUACACACUACAUCAAGGGAUAUGAAUAAAUUUAGACUGUUGUCAACUAUAUCAUGGACACCAAUCUGGUCUUGGUGGAUGUGGGCAUGGCCAAGAAAGACUCUUCAAUCAACCAAUUUCUCACUGGCAAGUUUACCACGUUGUUUGGGAAGCUUAAGUCUGUCUUACUGCAACGUGUCAGAGGUUCCCAAUGAUCUGUGUACACUAUCUUCAUUGAAGUAUUUGAAUCUAAUUGGUAAUCCAAUUUUGUGCCUACCACAAAAAAUGAAGAGUCUUAUUAUGCUCGAGACUCUUUUGUUAGAUAAUUGCACAAACCUUGAAAUUCUUCCAGAGCUCCCACCAAGGUUGAAGAGGUUAGAAGCAAAAUAUUGUACUUCAUUGAAAAGAUUAACAAAUUUACCAAACUUGUUCAGAUCAUUGGAAUCACUUUUUUGGGGUUGUGAGCAUUUAGUUGAAGUUGAAAGCUUGUUGAAUAUAAAACCGGUGAGAAGCGCUGACAUAGAAAUGACAAGAUAUAUGGGCCUGUUCAAUUUGAAAUCCAUAGCAAGCACUGAUGUCGAAAUGAUCAACUACUUGACCAGUACAACCAGGAAGGCUCCUGUCCAGGUACUCUAUGAAUGUGGCAUAUAUAGCAUUUUCUUUCAUGGAAGCAAGAUUCCAGAUGGAUUUGGCUUCACAAUAAUAUAUAGAUCUGUGCUGUCAGUUAUUGUACCUUCACAUCCUAUUCUCAAAAUCCGAGGCUUGAAUUCAUGUGUGUUAUAUGCACAAGAACCAGGCUUGGAAUAUCGUCUUACUGUUCAGCAUUUGAUUAAAGUCAGUAAUCAGACCAAGGGUCUUAUGUGGACCUAUUCCCCACUCACAGUAGGUUUGCCUACUGAGAAGGAAGAUAUGUUAUGGCUAAGCCAUUUUCGAUUUGGAAACAACGAAUUGGAGUAUGGGGACGAAUUACGUGUUUCAGUGGAGAUGCAUGAUUUUGUCCGGGUAAAGGAAUUCGGAAUCCAGCUUGUGUACGAGCCGGAAAGACCUCUUCUAGCCAGAAUAAUGUUGUUGCUGGAGAUGUGUCACUAUCAGCAUCAGAGUACCAAAUGUGGACAGGAAAAUACUUUCUCAGUAAUCAUGGGCACCGUACUCAUCAAGCUCAAUUCCGAAAGAGACAGGAGAAUCCAGAACAUAUUGAAUUUUCAUUUGGGCCAGAGCGUCUAUUUCAUAAAUUAUUCAAGGCCCGAGGACCAUUCGAAACUGUUGUGAAACUUAGAGCAUAUCCAGCAGAUUCCGCAUCUGCUUCUCCUCACCCAUUUUGGCUAAAAUAAAGAGAAACCUCCUCAGUUCUUUAUCCAGCAUCAUUCAUUUAUGGUUGGAAAGAAACAUCAGCAUCAGUUUUCUUGGAGGGAAAGCUCUACGAACUCAGAACAACAAGGUCAUAAGACCAAUCAAGGAAACAACCGGAACAGUCCUCAUGAGUUAGCAGAUGAUGUUUGAAAACCCCUAUAGAGCAAAACCAACUUCAGCGUAACAGCAGUGGGACAACAUGUAUUUCUGAAAAUCCUGCAAUUAGUUUCCCUCCAAAGCCUACUCCUUACAAACGAAUCUUGAGUUCCUGCGACGUAGUAUUUGGGGUAACUUCUAUUUGGACACAUUUAUAUGAGCAAACUUUUCUUAUUCUAUUAUUAUGCAUUCGGAUUAGAAAGCGCGCGAUCAAUAAGAUAUUGAAAACGUGUAUUUCCUGAUACAUUAUAUAAAAUUAAUAAUUCGCUAAAUUCAUAAGAUAAUACAUUAUAGAAAAUUCAUAUAGAUCCUGAAUAAUAUGUGAAUUAAUAAUUU